UUUCUAAUAAGUGACCGUGAUGCUCAGUGCAACCUCCACUGCUCCAGGACUCAGCCCAAACCCAUCUGUGCCUCCGACGGCAGGUCCUAUGAGUCCAUGUGUGAGUACCAGCGAGCCAAGUGCCGAGACCCAACCCUGGGUGUGGUGCAUCGAGGUAGAUGCAAAGAUGCUGGCCAGAGCAAGUGUCGCUUGGAGCGGGCUCAAGCCCUGGAGCAGGCCAAGAAGCCUCAGGAGACUGUGUUUGUCCCGGAGUGUGGCGAGGACGGCUCCUUUACUCAGGUGCAGUGCCAUACUUACACGGGGUACUGCUGGUGUGUCACCCCAGAUGGGAAGCCCAUCAGUGGCUCUUCUGUGCAGAAUAAAACUCCUGUAUGUUCAGGUUCGGUCACCGACAAGCCCUUGAGCCAGGGUAACUCAGGAAGGAAAGAUGACGGGUCUAAGCCAACACCCACGAUGGAGACUCAGCCAGUGUUCGAUGGAGAUGAGAUCACAGCUCCCACUCUAUGGAUUAAGCACUUGGUAAUCAAGGACUCCAAACUGAAUAAUACGAACGUGAGGAAUUCAGAAGAACUUGAAAGAAGAAUGGCUGGGCAUAAAGAAGUUGGACUUCAAGUGUCGAGAGACAUGGUUCUGUGUGUUUUGAAGACUGUAAAUAGCUGCUUACCGUCAUAUCUUCUAGUCUGAUCUUUUGGGGGUCUUUGAGUGGUCAGGUUUUGGCACUUGUAGAAAGGUGGUAAUUUUUGAAGACUGAUAAUAUUUGUAGGAUUUAUUUGUAGAGUUUAUUUGCCAUCAAUAAAGACCAAAUUCAAUAAA